AUGACAGCCAGCUUCAACUGGACGGCUUUCGCGGUCGCCAUAGCCGCCGUCUUCCUAUUCUGGACCCUCAGCUCCACCUCCUCAUCCCCCUUCACGCGCUCCUUCCCUCGUCUCGCAAACAAGCGCAUCUGCCUCCUAAUCGCCCACCCAGAUGAUGAAGCUAUGUUCUUCGCUCCGACAGUGUUAGCCCUCACAAACCCCGAACUAGGAAAUCACCUCAAGAUCCUCUGUCUGAGUACCGGGGACGCAGAUGGGCUAGGCGAAGUGCGCAAGAAAGAAUUACAAAAGUCCGCCCUGCGUCUUGGUCUACGUAGCGAGUCAGACGUUUUUAUUGUGGAUGAUCUCUCCCGCUUCCCCGACGGAAUGGACAAAAAUUGGGCCGAGGAGGAUGUCGCGGGUCUUCUGGCUUCUGCGUUCGCGCCACCAAAGGGCAAAAAUGAGGCCCCGGCCGCGACUAUCGAUGUCAUUCUCACUUUUGACAAGCACGGGAUUAGUAACCAUCCCAACCACCGGUCGUUGUAUUUCGGUGCUCUGCACUUCUUGCGCACGCUGAUGAAAGGGAAGGCCGGCUUCCAAUGUCCUGUCACGCUGUAUUCGCUGACGACGACUUCUAUUUUCCGGAAAUAUGCUGGUGUUCUUGAUGCGCCGUUGUCUAUGUUCUUGGGCGUGUGUAGCAAUGUUGCUUCUGCGCUGAGUGGAUCAAAAAAGAAGGAUGCUGCUGCUUCUGGGGAAGGACCGGCGCGCUUGUUGUUCGUGAGUUCGAUUAAUGAGUGGAUCACCGCACAGUCUGCUAUGGUGAGCUGCCAUCAGAGUCAGAUGGUUUGGUUCCGAUGGGGCUGGAUCACUAUCGGCAGGUAUAUGACUGUCAAUGACCUCAAGCGGGAGAAGAUCUGA